AUGCAUUCGCAUCUCCCUUUCAGUACGAGAGAAGUACUGGCAACGAUAUCUUCUCCCUUGCGCGUCUGUUUGACUCCUUGGUCCGUGUUUCAAGACGGGUGGGGGCACCCCAUUUCCUUCGCCAACAUCGAGGAUCACGGAGAAGAAGGCGCCGCUUUAAAGUAUACAACGCCCCUUACUCUCCGCCCAUUUCACCAUGACCUCAUUCUUGCACUUCGUUGCCCGCUGGAUUUCAAACCCCAUCGGGAUAAUGCUGUGAGGCUGGUUUUGGCCGUUGAAAUGGAGGUACUUCCAUUGUCAUUGUCACGACUUCAGGUUCUAUGUCACUCUCUUUCCAAAGUGCUUUUCAAACUUUCGCUCACGCUACUUGUUCGCUAUCGGUCUUCCUACUCUGUAUUUAACUUUGGCAGACACAUACCUGCCAGCUUGACACUGCAUUCCCAAACAGUGCUACUCUCUUGGUUCGCUCAAGGAGGCGCUCAGGUUCAUGGCUCAAUGGGCUAA